GGCAAAAACCAAAUUCCAUUUUUUCUGGGUGAAACUCAGGAGGGCCUCUGGCUUGAAUUGGAGCAAAGUAGUCAGAGCUCAGCUGGUUGAGAGAGAAGAAAGCAAUACACAUGCUGUCAUGCCUGAGUUUAUCUUCAAACUAUCUUUCCCAGAAAAUUGCAUCAAGAAAGAAUAGGAGAGACAAUAAAAGGGGUUGCAUUAGAAGGGCAGAAAUAUUACCCUGUGCACCUAGGGAUGGUUUUGGCCUGCGGGUUUUUGUGCUCUCAGACUUGCACACUGACUACCCAGAAAACAUGAAAUGGGUCAAGCGCUUGUCGUAUAAAAAACACAGGAAGGAUGUGCUUCUUGUUGCAGGUGAUGUUGCAGAGACAUGCAAGAAUUUUGUUUUGACCAUGUCCCUCUUGAAGGAUAGAUUUGAUCACGUCUUUUAUGUACCUGGAAACCAUGAUCUUUGGUGUCGUCGUGAGGGAGAUAGUGAUCUUGAUUCUCUUGAAAAGCUGAACAAGUUGCUUGCUGCAUGUAGACUUCUUGGAGUUGAGACCAAUCCAGUGGAUAUAGAUGGCUUGGGAAUCAUUCCAUUGUUUUCUUGGUACCAUGAGAGCUUUGAUAGAGAGAAGGACAUAACUGGCAUUCGCAUUCCACCCUUGGAGAUGGUGAUUCACUUUCUUUUCCCCUUCAAACCAAAGGAUGUGAUUGUCUGCUUUUUGCUUUGUAUCUUAUAUCUGGCUGCAUGCAAGGACUUUCAUGCAUGCAAGUGGCCUAGCAUGCUUUCAAAUCGGGAUACUGAACUUGCUUCAUACUUUGAUGCAAUGAAUGAGGAAAAUCAAGAUAUGGUGAAGGAGAUACAGAGCACAUGUAGCCAAGUAAUUACAUUUUCUCAUUUUGUUCCGAGGCAAGAGCUAUGUCCUGAGAAAAGAAUGCUUUUCUAUCCAAACCUCCCCAAAAUCAUUGGUUCUGAUAGGCUUGAGGUUCGUAUAAGGUCCAUACAUGGGGCUGAAGGGAGUUCAUCUGCUUGUCAUGUAUUUGGUCACACCCAUUUUUGCUGGGAUGCUGUGCUUGAUGGUAUCAGGUAUGUACAGGCACCAUUGGCAUAUCCUAGAGAGAGGAAGAGGAGAAUGAAUGGAGGUGAGGCUUGGCUACCAUUUUGUAUUUACAAAGAUGGAAAACUUGCUGAUAGACUUUCACCUUGUUGGUGGUCUGAUUAUUAUGCUGCCAAUCCAAGAUCCCCUGACAAAACUGAUCUUGCUCCUUGGGUUGCUAGAUUUUACGGCAAAAUUUAACAUAAAACGUCAGUAAUGUCCGUUCAUGUAUAAUUUGCGAUAUUGCUAUAGUAGUUUGAGCCUCUAUUAGCAAACUCGUUGAAAUGGUCCUGACUCCCGAGUUCAAUUCAGGACAUUGUAAUUAUUGUAGUUGCUUCCUUUUCCCAAUUAAAUUCCCCAUGUUAAGAAAAUGUAGACUGAUCU